AUGCAAAAAAAAUAUCACAAAAACGCGACUACAAUAUUAUAUUUGUCCUCACCACGCCUGGACGACGGUGCGUCGGUGCCUGUGGAAAAUGACGUCAACAAGGUGAACGCGGCUUUCUGUGGGAUGAGAUUUCAGCAGUACCGGACGUCCUUGACCAUGUUUUAUUGGAAAUCUCCGUUCGAGAUUUGUGGCGGCCCCGUCCACUGUUUUUUUUCUAUUCCGCCCAGACGAGCGACGACGACGGUUCGGCGGCUGCUACAGUGCUACGGUCGUCGAAGUGAUGUGCGUGUGGGUAGGGAUUUGGCCUCCGGGGGUGCACGGUCGUCUGGCCCAAAUGCUGAGCAGGACGUCCGGAAAAUAGUACUUUGGAGCUUUUUAGGGGAUUAUCAUUUAUCUAGCGGCCGGACCCGCCGGAGGAGUUGCGGGUGUAAGGUGUUGCGGGCAACGUGUUACGAGCGGCGGGAGUCACGGAGGACAUGUCGUUUGGCCGAAGACGUGCGGCGCUGA